AUGAAUGGUCUGAACCAGUAUCUGUGGGUUAGAGACCUCAUGAAUGGUCUGAACCAGUAUCUGUGGGUUAGAUACCUCAUGAAUGGUCUGAACCAGUAUCUGUGGGUUAGAGACCUCAUGAAUGGUCUGAACCAGUAUCUGUGGGUUAGAGACCUCAUGAAUGGUCUGAACCAGUAUCUGUGGGUUAGAUACCUCAUGAAUGGUCUGAACCAGUAUCUGUGGGUUAGAGACCUCAUGAAUGGUCUGAACCAGUAUCUGUGGGUUAGAGACCUCAUGAAUGGUCUGAACCAGUAUCUGUGGGUUACAGAACUCAUGGUCUGAACCAGUAUCUGUAUGUUAGAGGCCUCAUGGUCUGAACCAGUGUCUGUGGGUUAGAGACGUCAUGAAUGGUCUGAACCAGUAUUUGUUUGUUAGAGACCUCAUGAAUGGUCUGAACCAGUAUCUGUGGGUUAGAGACCUCAUGAAUGGUCUGAACCAGUAUCUGUGGGUUAGAGACCUCAUGAAUGGUCUGAACCAGUGUCUGUGGGUUAGAGACCUCAUGAAUGGUCUGAACCAGUAUCUGUGU